UUCUCCACAGAAAUGAUGGAAUUAAACAGUGUUGUCACUUUUGUUGGAAUUGCAAACAGCUCUGGUUACCAGACAUUCUUGUUGGAUGAGGAGAAAGGCAGACUCUUCGUCGGGGCCAAAGAUCAUAUAUUUUCAUUCAAUCUGAUCAACAUAAACAAGGAUGUUUUGAAGAUUGUGUGGCCUCCAACACCCACCAGAAGAGAUGAAUGCAAAUGGGCAGGAAAGGAUCUUGUGAAAGAAUGUGCAAAUUUCAUCAGGGUUCUGCAGCAUUAUAAUCAAAGCCACCUGUAUGCCUGUGGAACUGGAGCCUUUCACCCAGUGUGCGCCUACAUUGAAGUUGUUCAUCAACCUGAGGAAAAUGUAUUCAGACUCGAGACCUCACACUUUGAGAAUGGACGAGGGAAAAGCCCCUAUGAUCCCAGGCUGCUGACCACUUCGAUUUUGGUUGAUGGAGAGCUAUAUUCUGGCACUGCAGCAGAUUUCAUGGGCAGGGAUUUUGCAAUUUUCCGCACUUUGGGACAUCAUCACCCAAUAAGGACAGAACAACAUGAUUCCAGGUGGCUGAAUGCAAUGGACCAAAAUGACUUUGGUGGCCAUCGAAGCCUUGUCAAUAAGUGGGUGACUUUUCUUAAAGCCCGUCUAAUCUGUGCAGUACCGGGACCAAAUGGCAUCGAUACCCAUUUUGAUGAACUACAGGAUAUUUACAUCAUGAAAUCUAAAGAUCCCAAGAAUCCUUUCAUCUAUGGCAUUUUUACAACUUCCAGCAACAUCUUUAAGGGGUCAGCUGUGUGCAUGUACAGUAUGUCUGAUGUGAGGAGAGUCUUCUUGGGCCCAUAUGCCCACAGAGAAGGCCCGAGUUAUCAGUGGGUGCCAUUCCAAGGAAGGGUUCCAUAUCCUCGCCCAGGAACAUGUCCUAGCAAAACAUUUGGAGGACUUGAAUCAACAAAGGACUUUCCUGAUGAUGUAAUUACAUUUGCUAGAAGUCACCCAGCCAUGUACAAUCCAGUGUUGCCUAUCAAUAAUCGUCCAAUUGUCAUCAAGACGGAUGUAGAUUAUCAAUUCACACAGAUAGCUGUUGAUCGAGUGGAAGCUGAAGAUGGCCAGUAUGAUGUCAUGUUCAUUGGAACAGAUGUGGGGACAGUUCUGAAGGUGGUCUCUAUUCCCCGGGAGACUUGGCACGACCUUGAGGAGGUUUUACUUGAGGAAUUGGCAGUGUUGAGGGAGCCAACACCUAUCACAACACUAAAAAUUUCUACAAAACAGCAACAACUGUAUGUUGGCUCGGCGUUUGGAGUCUCACAGCUCCCCUUACAUCGAUGUGAUGUUUAUGGAAAGGCAUGUGCAGAGUGUUGCCUUGCCAGGGACCCCUACUGUGCCUGGGACGGAUUCUCAUGUUCCAGAUAUUUCCCCACUGCCAAAAGACGUACCAGAAGACAAGACAUCAGGAAUGGUGACCCUCUCACCCAGUGUUCUGAUCAACAUCACAACGACAAUUUGCAUGAGCAUGAGAAUAUGGAGGAAAAGAUUAUCUAUGGAGUGGAGAACAGUACCACCUUUCUGGAAUGUGUCCCGAAAUCACAGCGAGCUAUAGCAUACUGGCAAUUUCAUAGACAGACUGAUGAUCAUAAAGAAGAGAUCAAAGCAAAUGACCGAGUCAUCAAGACAGAACAAGGGUUGUUAUUACGUAGCAUCCAGAAGAAAGAUGCUGGGAUCUAUAUUUGCCAGACAGUAGAGCAUGGCUUCAUGCAGACAGUACUGAAGGUGACACUAGAAAUUAUUGACACUGAACAUUUGGAGGAACUUCUGCAUAAAGAGGUUGAUUAUACUCUGAGGCCCAAGGAGAGUCACAGCAUCAUUGCUCCAAACCAGAAGCUUUGGUACAGGGACUUCAUGCAACUCAUUAACCAUCCCAACCUCAACACCAUGGAUGAAUUUUGUGAACAGGUUUGGCGGCGUGAUCGUCGCCAGAGGAAACAGAGACCAGCGCAUACGCCCGUAAACACCAACAAAUGGAAACACUUACAGGAAAACAAGAAAGGUAGAAAUAGGAGGACCCAUGAGUUGGAGAGACCACCGAGAAGUGUCUAACAAUAUACAACUUAAUUCAAACAAAAUGCAAUACAUACAUUAACUACUUCAUUGCAUUAUGUUGAUGUUUACAAGUAUAUGGGCUGCUCACCAGAUACACAACUGCCAUCCAUCGUCUUUUUCACCCUCUUCAUUAUUUUUGGCAAUGCAGCAUGGUGACUGGAAUGCAUUUUAUAGUUGGACCGGACUUGCUGUUUUAACAUCACAUGCAACUGACUGAAAUCCACCAACUCAAUUUCCCCCUCAAAGAAAGUCAAUAUUUGUUGAUGCCAAAAUAUGUUGUGAUGAUCACUGAACUGCAGAUCAGGUGGGGAAAUCUAAGAUUGAUUUGUAAUUCUUUUACCUGCCUGCUGUUGGUCAGAGUACACUGACAAUACUCCAGGUGUAGUGAACCCACAGAGAUGAUCAGAGAGCUUUUGAAGUGCCACAUGUCUAAUCACCUGUUUGUAUAUGGUUCUCACUUUGACCAAAAGACAAUGGACAUGCAGUUCAGACAAAUACAUCUGCUGAUUGAAAGUGGAACCAAAGUCACAAGAGUGGGCAGGCUUUAGAUUAAAGAAGAUCCGGUUGACUAAGUUGACUGGAAUGUUUGCUGUCAGCACAACCUGAAGUGUCAAGAGUGAUACCAUUCUAAUUCAGUCUAAAACAAGACCCCACAUGUAAACCUUUACCGAAUGUCAAUACAUUGAGUUAUCACUUAAUGAUUCAUGGGAAUUAAGGUGCUAUUCAAUUGUGAAGUAAAAGGCAUUGCUCUUUUGAAUUUGAAAAGAACUUGAAAAUGUUUAUUCAGGCAUGUCAAAAGGCAUUUACAGUGUGUCCUGGUGAUGAUGCAUUUUACAGAAAGUAGUUUUAAAGAAUGGUUUAGGAAUGGAACCAACCAGUAACGUAUUUUAUUCUAAAUAAGAAAAUAUUCAACUUCAGUGAUGGUCAACAAAUCAGUUAAUACUGGAGAGUGAUGUCAUUCUGGGAGAGGAAGCUUUGAUUGUCAAUAGCUUUCAGUCCAGUAAGUAAUAAAAGACCACCAGUUAAAUCUUCCAGAAAUAACAUGAGAAAAACUGUGCGUCUUUAAUAAUAACUCUUUGCUAAGGUUACAGAAUGAUGGACCAAAUCAAAAUUCAAGUUGAUCCCAGUGCUGGGUUAAAAUAACAAUUGUAUAGCUGGAAACAGUUGUGGGUUGUGUGAUAUUCUUUCUCCCAAUAUAAGUCUUCUCAAUGUCAGAAAGACAAAUGUACUUCAAAAACAAGAGAAAUUGCAAAGCCCCAUGCUCCAUGUAUUAAUAAUCAUUGAAUUGAAAAAAAAUACUUUGAGCAAUGGAGAGGAGACGAUGCGAUGGUAGCCAACUGUACUUGUCAGUAAAUAAUACAUAUUACAUUUGAGAGAUAUUUGAAAUAAAAAUUAUAAAGUUGCUGUAAGUUAAAUGUUUAGAACUUUUCUUUUUGACCUGCACAGGUUACAUUUAAUAUCCUUUUAAAACUAGCGCAUAACAGUUCAAGCAUUUGACUGUUUCACAUUAAGGUUGAGAGCCCAUGAUUAUCCAUCACUUAGCUCACUUACUACCUCAGUUUUACAAGAGACAUCGGUCAUUUACCAGUCACCUAACUGGAGGAUUACAUGAAAGCAAAUCUCUCUCUAACUCUCCCUUUUGUUUUCUCAAGAAAUAUGGGAGGGAUGAAAAUAAAGUAAAAUGUUGCUUGUGUUAUUCAUUUCAAGGUAGGCAAUAGCGCAGCAACAUGGUAGCAGACUCUUGGAAAUCAAAAGAAUAGGUCACUUCUCAAGGGCAGUUAAUGAGGGGUGACCAAUGUGAGCCUUAGGUGCGACACAUACUUUCUAUUAAAAAAGAGAAGUCCUGUUCCCUGGAAGAUGUAUAAUUUCCUGAAUAUGGAGGCUGAGGAAGGGGAAACGAGACCACAAGAAAGCAUUUCAACACAAUCUCAAAAACAGAAGAGGUGCCACUGAAAGCCACUGCAAAAGUAGUUCACUUUAACAUUGUUUGAGAAGACAAAGUGGUUUCCAGAGCUCAAAGCUGUUUAAAAUAGCACUCAUCAUCAUCUGAGUUAUAUUUGAGAAUUAUCCAUUCAGGAGGUGGACAAUCUACCUGGAGGGGCUGGAUAGUCACCACUCCCCUCAAGAUUACAAGCAAUACUGAGGCCUGUUAACCAGCGUCUUUCCUCCCAGCGCCAGGUUGCUAUAGCUCUGCAUAAGCUUCUGAAAUAUUCAGAUCACCACUGUAUUCCUCAUCUUCUAUAGAUAUUAGCCAGAGCAAAAACUUGUCAGAUUCACUGUUAGAAUUGAAAUUGUUCUGGAAUGCUCCAAUAUGUCAAUGUUGGCUCAAAUAUUUUCUUUAUCUUUCCCCAGUUUUGUUUUUACAAUGUUCAUGUUUGAAUUAUUUUGUCCUUUUGCAGCAAGUUAUAUAUUACCGUGGGGAGAUACCAUGGGCUAGACAAUGUCAUUCUUACAAUCCCUUUCCUGAUGUACCACAGCUUUGUGCUUGGGUGACAAUAUUGAUUUAACCCUGAAAGGAAAUGGCAAUGAGAAUUAAAUGUUUCUGAUGGGACUAAACAUAACUCCAACAAUCCUGCAACAAUGCAAAUCAGAGAACGAAUGUUAAAGAAAUGCUAACAAUCAAUGGACUGAUAGUCUAGUGCAGCAUUAGUUUCAUGGUAAUAAAUUAUUGUUUAAAGGAAAGGUUUACAGACCACAAACAAUGAGACAGAUAUCAGGCUAUUUCUUGUGAUUUUGAUGUGCUUUGGUUGCAGGAAAAAUUCAAAGUUUUAUGGUCUAUUAAAAGGUACUGUGUAAAAAAUGAUGCAUGUGAACGUGCUUUAUAUAUUGGUUUCCUCUAGUAAACUAUAUUAGACAGUGAUCUUUAUCAUUAUUUAGCAAUUAGCAAUGGUCUGUGUUAAAUAGUUCAUCAUUUUGCUUACCCACUUACCUAGACUGGUGUAUAUAUAUUUUUGUUAGACAAAGAGGAACAAUAUUAUGUUUUAUUGCAAUGGUGAUAGUUAGUUUUCAUAUGUAUGUACCAGCUACUAUAGUAUCUAUAUAACCUGCCCAGAUGAAAUGCAAAAGGCUAUUUAUUUGGCUAUUCCUGAAGCAAGAAAUGUACACUUCACAGUUAUUCAAAGCAUGUGUUUCUGGUAGAUAGUUGAUGAGUUUUUAUUUCUCUAUUUAUCACUGCAUUUCUAAGGGGUACCAUAAAACUGGAAAGGAAUAUUAUGAAAAUGCUGCUGUAAAUUAUUUCUUUUGGCAUGUAUUCAAUUGUUGAAUAAACUUUUCUUUUAAACUA